CUUGAUUUCUACAUCAUUUCAAAGGUACAUGUAAGUAAGAACAUGAAGGGUUCAAAACUUAUCAUGGUCGGUAUUUUCUUGCUUUCUCGAGAUGCGAUAGCAACAGAAGGACCAGAACCAUGCUCAACGAAGACACCAUGCAUGGACACGACACCCACUAACUUCACCGUUUAUAAGAAGACAUUCUCUUUGAUAUCCGAAGGCCCGGCCAUAAGCCACUUCAACAGAACAGAUCUCUUUCAUAACUUCUUCAAACGUGUAGGAAUCACUUCCCGUUCGGAUAUCAUCAAAAAAGGCAGAGAAUUUGUCACCAAUAUGAAAGAGAAAUACGGAGUGGAUUUGAGUGGUUUAACAGAUACGCAACUAUAUCUUGGUGAGACCGUUGAUAUGGGUGACUUCCCAUUCCUUCCAGUUGUAUUUGAAAGUACAAUGCGAGUUAUAACCGAAACAACACCAACACAGGCUAGCUAUUACAGGAAUGCCAAGGCAUAUAUGGCAGGGUACAGACUGCACCCAAAGAAAUCAAUGUCAUUGUCUUGUGGAUCCUGGAAAGGCGCAAUUUCAAAGGAUUCUGCCCUAUGGGUUUCUUGGAUGGUGUUAGAAACAAACGAAGAUUGUGAAUCCAGUACAGAGCCUGAUGUAUAUACAGUUUUCCAAGCUGCCCCUGACGUUAUGAUGGAUGGUCUGUAUCCAAUCGUGUCUGAGAUAUACUCAGAUAAAUAUGGUAUGGGGAAAGUGCAUGGAAUAUCAGUAUCUCGACGAGCAUCUCAACAUCUUGAUGAGUUUGGUGUUUAUGCGUUGGCCAUUAUAAUAAGAUUUCCAAUGUAAACAAUCUGUGUAUUCAUUAUAAAUAUCAAUAUUGCUUGAAUUUAGAACUAAAA